CGCCGCGGCAAGUUUGUGGGAAGCAGCAGCCGAGGGCCACGAAGGCGGCGACGACGGCGGGAGCCAGCAUGGCUGGCGGGACGAGCUCCGCGCUCUCGGAGUCAGGCUGGUAUCUUUCAGAUGAAGGAAUUGAAGCUUGCAAAAAUUCUUCUGACAAAGUCAAUAUAAGUGACGUUAUCCUGAUUGCCCUUAAUACAGAUUUAAGAACUAUUGGCAAGAAAUUCCUCCCCAGUGACAUCAAUGGUGGAAAGGUGGAAAAGCUGGAAGGCCCAUGUGUCCUGCAGAUACAAAAAGUACGCAAUGUUGCUGCACCAAAGGAUAAUGAAGAAUCUCAGGCUGCUCCCAGAAUGCUGCGUUUGCAGAUGACUGAUGGACACACAAGCUGCAUAGCAAUAGAAUAUAAUUACAUGUCAAAAAUAAGCCUGAACACUCCACCUGGAACAAAAAUUAAGCUGUCAGGAAUUGUUGAAGUGAAAAAUGGAUUCCUGCUUUUGGAUGACAGUAACACUGUAGUUCUUGGCGGUGAAGUGGAGCAUCUUAUAGAAAAGUGGGAGUUACAAAGGAGUUUAUCAAAACACAAUAGAAGUAACAUUGGAACAGAAGGUGGACCACCCCCUUUUGUGCCUUUUGGGCAGAAAUGUGUGUCUUCUGUGCAAGUGGACAGCAGGGAACUUGAUCAGAGAAAGACUCUGCAAAUGAUGAGCACUGCUAAGCCUGUUGGAGACAAUGAUGAAUUUGAAAAACAGAGAACAGCUGCUAUUGCAGAAGUAGCAAAGAGCAAGGAGACCAAGACAUUUGGAGGAGGUGGUGGCAGUACUAGAAGCAAUCUUAAUGUGAGUGCUGGAGGGAAUCGAAACAGGGAAGUGUUCCAGAAGGAAAAGAUAACAAAACCUGAGGGGAAAAAUGAAGGUGUCUAUCGUGAACUGGUUGAUGAAAAGGCUCUAAAGCACAUAACAGAAAUGGGUUUCAGUAAAGAAGCAGCAAGGCAGGCGCUUAUGGAUAAUAGCAACAGCCUAGAAGCAGCAUUAAAUUUUCUUCUGAACAGCAGUAAACAGAAACCUAUUCAGGGACCACCAUCUAGAGGGAAAGGAAAGGGCAGAGGCCGACUAAGACCUGAAGAUGAAGAGGAACUAGGAAAUGCCAGACCUUCUGCACCCAGCACACUAUUUGACUUCUUAGAGUCCAAAAUGGGUACUCUGACAAUAGAAGAACCAAAAUCACAGUCUCAUCCACAGCAUCAAGUACAACACAGAGUACUCAAUAUAGAGCAGAAUGGCAUAAAAGACUACAACCAUCCAAGACAUCUUUCUCGAAAUGAUACUAGACAGCCAAGAAAUGAGAAACCCCCUCGUUUUCAAAGGGACAUUCAGAAUUCAAGACAGGUUUUGGAAGGUAGUGGCUUACCAAGAAACAGAGGUCCUGAAAAACACAGCACUUUAGGACCAGAGCAAUGGACUGAGGAUAAAAAUAAGUGUGAUAGACCUUAUCCAAGGAAUGAUAGGCUAAAGGAUAUUGGUUAUCCUGCAGCCACUCACCAGAGUGAUGUUUCUUUUAAAAAGAGGGAUAAUGCUAUGCAAAACAGACUAGGAAAAGGGGCUGCAUUCAUGGAAUUGAGAGAGAAUUCCAGUGUUCAAGAUACCAUAGAUGAUAAUAAUCAGAAACGAGGAAAAAAGGAAAACCAAAUACAUAAUCCUGACAAUUUUUAUGACAGGAAAACACGAACAAUAAGUAAUGAAACGUUCAGUUUAAAAAAUGAGCAACAUUUUGGUAUGAAUAUUGACUACCAGAAUCCUAUUAGAACUGAUAGUUUUAAUGCUUUAUCAAAUGGAGAUACUGAAUAUCCACAGAAAGGAAGACGAGUAGGACCUAUUAAGUCACCAGGACCCAAUGUUGUUCCACCAUUUGAAGACAAAAUGUUGUAUUAUAACGCUGGUCCCAAAAGGAGAUCUGGGCCCAUCAAACCAGAAAAAAUAUUGGAACCAUCUAUUCCUGUGGAGUAUGGUAAAAGCUGGAGGCCAAGGGAUGAAUGUUUUGCUCUUUAUUGGGAAGACAACAAGUUUUACCGGGCAGAAAUUGAAGCUCUUCAUUCUUCUGGAACAACUGCAGUUGUUAAAUUCUGUGAUUAUGGAAACUAUGAAGAGGUGCUACUAAGCAACAUCAGGCCCAUUCACGCAGAGGCAUGGGAGGAGGAGGAAGAUACUUAUGAGCAAACUCUAGAGUUCCGCAGAGGAGGUGAUGGUCAGCCAAGACGGUCCACACGGCCAACCCAACAGUUUUAUCAACCCCCAAGGGCUAGAAACUAAUAGGAAAAAUAAAAGCAAAUUUCUUGGGGGGAAAAAAGUCAUCAACAGCCCCCCAGUGCUCGAGACUUCUAGAAGAACUGCUGGCUUUUCCUGAGGAACAGGAUACAAGAAAGAUGGCUGGUGUGAUCAGGAGGAAUCCACAGCUGACCAGCACCCGAGAUUUUUUUAAAGUUCUUAGUUGUAUGAAGCAAAAUACUUUUUACAUAUGAAAAAAGCAAAUUGUUAUUGCUCCCAUCAAUAAACCCAUGGUGCACUAUUCUGUUAUUUGCCUUAUAUUUUAGUUAUCCUUGGAUAUUACUUAAAUUUCAGUAUGAUCC